CUGCAGGGGGCGGCGCUGGCUGGCGGCUGCGCUCGCUCCAGUCGGCGAGCGGAGCAGCGAGCGAGCGUGUGAGUGUUUUUUAAAGAUGGCCGGAGCGGCGGCGGCGGUGGCCGCGGGAGCAGCAGCUGGAGCCGCCGCGGCAGCCGUGUCGGUGGCGGCUCCGGGCCGGGCCUCGGCGCCCCCGCCGCCCCCGCCGGUGUACUGUGUGUGCCGGCAGCCGUACGACGUGAACCGCUUCAUGAUCGAGUGUGAUAUCUGCAAGGACUGGUUCCACGGCAGCUGUGUCGGAGUAGAAGAACAUCAUGCUGUUGACAUUGACCUGUAUCACUGUCCCAACUGUGCAGUUUUACAUGGUUCCUCCUUGAUGAAAAAGAGGAGAAACUGGCACAGGCAUGACUACACAGAAAUUGACGAUGGUUCCAAACCAGUGCAAGCUGGAACUAGAACUUUUGUUAAGGAAUUACGUUCUCGAGUCUUCCCAAGUGCCGAUGAAAUCAUUGUAAAGAUGCAUGGCAGCCAGCUGACACAAAGAUAUCUAGAGAAACAUGGAUUUGAUGUCCCUAUUAUGGUCCCUAAAUUAGAUGAUCUGGGGCUCAGGCUCCCUUCACCUACUUUUUCUGUGACGGAUGUGGAACACUAUGUAGGUGGUGACAAAGUGAUAGAUGUCAUUGAUGUGGCGAGGCAGGCAGACAGCAAAAUGACACUUCACAAUUAUGUUAAAUACUUCAUGAAUCCUAACAGACCAAAAGUGUUAAAUGUGAUCAGCCUUGAAUUUUCAGAUACAAAGAUGUCUGAAUUGGUGGAGGUCCCUGAUAUAGCCAAAAAACUUUCUUGGGUGGAAAAUUAUUGGCCCGACGAUUCAGUCUUUCCCAAGCCGUUUGUCCAGAAAUACUGCUUAAUGGGAGUUCAAGACAGCUAUACAGAUUUCCACAUUGACUUCGGUGGAACUUCAGUCUGGUACCAUGUCCUCUGGGGUGAGAAGAUUUUUUAUUUGAUAAAGCCAACAGAUGAAAAUUUGGCACUCUAUGAAUCUUGGAGUUCAUCUGUGACCCAGAGUGAGGUGUUCUUUGGAGAUAAGGUGGAUAAAUGCUACAAAUGUGUGGUAAAGCAGGGACAUACCUUAUUUGUUCCUACAGGGUGGAUUCAUGCUGUGCUCACUUCUCAGGACUGUAUGGCUUUUGGGGGGAACUUUCUUCACAACCUUAACAUUGGCAUGCAGCUCAGGUGUUACGAGAUGGAGAAAAGGCUGAAAACACCAGAUCUUUUCAAAUUCCCUUUCUUCGAAGCCAUAUGUUGGUUUGUAGCCAAAAACUUGCUGGAAACCCUGAAAGAACUGAGAGAAGAUGGUUUCCAGCCUCAAACUUACCUAGUCCAGGGAGUGAAAGCACUGCAUAGUGCUUUAAAAUUGUGGAUGAAAAAAGAACUUGUAUCUGAACAUGCCUUUGAAAUUCCAGACAAUGUUAGACCUGGACAUCUUAUUAAAGAACUUUCUAAAGUAAUUCGAGCAAUAGAGGAGGAAAAUGGCAAACCAGUUAAAUCUCAGGGAAUUCCUACUGUGUGUUCAAUUUCACGAUCCUCAAAUGAAGCAACUUCCCCCUACCAUUCCCGACGAAAGAUGAGGAAACUUCGAGAUCAUAAUGUCCGAACUCCUUCUAACCUAGACAUCCUAGAGCUCCACACCAGGGAGGUCCUCAAAAGAUUAGAGAUGUGUCCAUGGGAAGAGGACAUCUUGAACUCUAAACUGAAUGGAAAAUUCAACAAACAUCUCCAGCCAUCUUCCACAGUACCUGAAUGGAGAGCAAAAGAUAAUGAUCUACGAUUACUGCUGACAAAUGGAAGAAUAAUCAAAGAUGAGAGACAGCCCUUCACAGAUCAGAGUCUUUAUACAGCAGAUAGUGAAAAUGAAGAGGAUAAAAGAAGGACAAAAAAGACAAAAAUGAAGAUAGAAGAGAGUUCAGGAAUAGAGGGAGUAGAAAAUGAAACAUCUCAAAAACCACUUAACAGGUUUUUUACACAUGUGAAAUCAGAACUCAGGAAUAAAUCAUCAGGAUAUUCCGAUAUUUCUGAGUCAGAAGACUCUGGACCUGAGUGCACUGCACUGAAAAAUAAUUUUACCACUGAAGAGUCUGAAAGUUCAGGUGAUGAAAAGAAACAAGAAAUAACGUCAAACUUUAAGGAAGAAUCUAAUGUGAUGAGAAACUUCCUUCAAAAGAGCCAGAAGCCAUCUAGAAGUGAAAUUCCAAUUAAAAGGGAAUGUCCUACCUCGACGAGCACAGAGGAAGAAGCUAUUCAGGGCAUGCUGUCCAUGGCAGGGUUGCACUAUUCCACAUGUUUACAAAGGCAAAUACAAAGCACAGACUGCAGCAGUGAGAGAAACUCUCACCAGGAUCACAGCAGCUGCCACAGCAGUAACCAUGAGCUUAGGCAGUUGUAUCGCUAUGAUAAACCAGUGGAAUGUGGCUACCAUGUCAAGACUGAAGAUCAAGACUUUAGGACUUCUUCCUGGAUUAAACAAUUUGAUACUUCCAGAUUUAAUCCUCAGGAUGUAAGUAGAAGCCAGAAAUGCAUCAAAAAGGAAGGUUCAUCAGAAACCAGUCAGAAGGUACAAAGUAGGAAUUACGUGGACAGCGGUGGCUCAGGCCUUCAGAACGGAAAGUACAUACAGAAUUCAAGCUUGGUUUCAGGGGCAUGCCAGAUAAGCAAUGUCAGUCUAAGCCCAGAAAGGCCAGUUGGUGAAACUUCCUUUUCAGUGCCCCUUCACCCCACCAAGAGACCUGCAUCAAAUCCACCACCUAUCAGCAACCAGGCAACGAAAGGUAAACGCCCAAAAAAAGGAAUGGCAACAGCUAAACAACGUCUUGGGAAGAUCCUUAAGUUGAACAGAAAUGGCCAUGCACGUUUCUUUGUGUGACAGAGCUGCUGUUGCAGCCACUUUUCCCUUUGGAGACCAGUCUCGGGGGUGCAGGAGCCUGGAGCUUCCGCCAUCCCCCUGCCUGGAGCAAUUUGCGUGUACAGUAAGAACACUGCCCGAAGAACAGAACGAACCUGAUGCUGCAUUUUCACUGUGCCACACCCACUCAGCAAUAACCAUUUUGGACCUGGUGGGGGAGAGGAAGAAGGAGGGUAGAACCUUAAAAAGAGACCUUGAACUGGAAAGGGUCUCUUGUCAGGGCUUGAAUUUCAUUUUGUUGUUGGUAGUGUCUUGAUUUAUUUUCAGUGGUAGGAUAAAGAAUUAUCAGUAAUUUAUUUAACAGAUUUUUUUUAAAGUUAACAGCUUAUAAAUUCUUUCUUUUUUAAAGCUAUUUAUUUGGAAGAUUUCUGGAGAAAUAUCUCACUAAUUUAGAUUUAAGAAUGUGAAGGUUUUUAAAUUAUUUUUGAUAGUGUGUGUGUUAUAUGUGGGGAAGAGCCACAGUAACAGUAACUAGUCUGGACUCUUAAAUUUGAUAUUCAGGUUAAAGUCUUAAACAGGGAUUUGAUGCAUUAAUUAUUUUAAAUUAAGAUGUAUAUGAAAAUUUUAUUUUAUAUAUUUCAUGUGUUUUUUAUAAGCUAUUAGCUUCGCUUUUGCUAACAUCCAAGGUGCAUACUGUUAUCCAGGUUAAUUACCUUAUAUCCCAACUUCCCUCUGCACUCCCCAUCAUUUUGUGAUGACCCAACAAGACUCUUCUCUUUGCAGGGAAACACUUUCAUAGCCAAUGUGUAAGAACUCCAUAAAAGAUCCCUCAUUUCUCAUUUUGUUUGACAUUGUGAUUUUCUUCUAAAUAUAAAAAAAUAGGCUUCUUGCAUUUUCAUUUCUGCUGAUGAUAUCUGGGUCCCAAAGAGAACAGCUUUAAUAUCUUUUUCCUACUUGUGGGAAAAGUAUUAUAAGUUUGGUUAAAUUGUCAUGUUUGUAGUUUUUCCAAAUACGUUUUAACUAUAGCAGGCCUUCUUCAUAAUGCCAGUGUUGGUGAACAGGACCAACACCUGCUGCAAAGGUUGUAUCUUACAAUGCUUUUAUUCUCUAUACCUAAUUUGUUGGAAAAUAUGGUUUGACUGAGGAUAUUCAAAUCUGCAUAAUAAGCCGUACUAUAAUAGAAUUAUAUUAAGUUGUAUAGAAGCAAGCAUGUUGGAGAUUUCUGUGUGUGUGUGUGUGUGUGUGUGUGUGUGUGUGUGUGUGUGUGUUUACUUUUUUAUUUUUUAACCUUCUAAAGAAUUAUUUAAGAUACAGAUUUGGAGUAAAAUGGGUGCUCUUUGCAGUUUCUUCCAUCUAUCCUAACUUGACUAGUUCAUGUUGAGGUUAAGUAUCUGGUUGAACUUUAAUCAUUUAUCUCCUUUAUGUACAAUUUUUACUAAAUGCCAGUUUUCAGUUGCUUGUAAUAGCUUCUAUUUUCCCUUCUCCCUCCCCCAUAGCAUAAAAAUAAGUGAUUUCUGGGAGUGGGCUGGAAAUGUUCCCAGGUCUGACAAUAGAGCAUUUUACAAAUUCCUACAAAGAAAAUAUAGGCAAAUAGGAUAAAUUUUAUUUUUAUGGAGAAGAAAUAUGGCCAUAUUAUAGAUUUGUGGGUUUUUUUUUUACUCAGCAAGGUAGCAGGACUUUCUCCUCUGUACUAAGUGUCACUUGAAUUGCUACAAAAAAAAAAACAAAAAAAAACUAUACCAUCAUCUUUCAUGGUUGCAUUCAAAUGUAUAUUUUCAAUGAGAAAUAUUUCUUACUCUGUCUCCAUUCCAAAAUUUUAUGGCAUAAAUGUGAAAUAGCUUAUAAAUAAGCCUUUUUGGUUCAGAGUGAGUGGACCAAAGUUUGAAUCUCAUCUGGGUGUCAGGAAGAAUGUUAUGGAAAUCCUCGGUGUCUAUAAACAGCCUAAUUAAACUCUGUCUACACUAUGCCAAAACUAGUGAAGACGUGGGUAGAGUCCGUCAUUCACUGGUAGUUUUAUCUCAAGAUGUCACAAAUUAGAGUUUGACUGAUUCUUCUACCUUCCCACACAGUAUAUUAUUGUGAUGUCUUGGCUUUCUACAGACCCUGUUCUGGUGUUACAGUACAUGUUUUUAUUUUGGAUUAGGAAAUAAGAGCUAUAAUUCCUUUUUCCAGUUACAUCAUGAUCUAGGGUGGGUUUUUUUUCUUUACAUGUUUUCAUAACUCUAAAUAUUUUUAACUACCUUUUAUUUCUUCAGCCAUAAAAAUUAAGACAAAACUUAAUUUAUGACUUAAAAUUGUGGCCAGUAUUCAUUCACCCUAUGUACUUAGGCCAAUAAAUACUAAUUUUGAGUAGCUAGUAUAUGGAAUUUUUAAGCGAAGUUACUGUGGAUUCCUUUUUGGCAGUUUUAGCCCAUUAACUGAUUAAGUUAGAAAGCUCAAAACACACUGUAACAGAAUACAUGUAUUUUCCAAAUUGGUGAAAAUUCAGCCACUGAUCCAGUGAAACUUUCCUUUACCUCCUAUAGAGUUACUGGCUGUGACACAUCCCUUUGUCUCGUGCAAGUGGCUGAACUUUGAGGUAACUGCUGCUGGUGUCUGGGCUUGACAGUAAUAGACAACUUUUUGUUUUUCCUUUAGUCUCAUUUAUGAACAGUACUACCACACAGACACCACAACUUAGGAAGACAGCAGUGAUAGCAUUUAGCUAGUUGUAAGCAAAUACAAAUAUGUAAAAUUGAGAAUUACGAUUUAACAUAUGCAAGUUUAAUAGUAAUAGUAGAUGAUAAUUUUCCUAUAUUAUUAAAUAAGUGACACUUAACCUGGGAUCCACUGUACUGUAAUUCACAACAUCACAUAAUAUUAUACUCUUCAAUACUGAUGGAUGAUGUAAACAAUAUAAAGCUGGCAGUUUAGAGUAGUUCAGUAUCCUAGAAAUACAUCGAACUUCGUAAAUAUCAGUUCUUUUUAAAGCAUACAAAUUGAAGAUUCUGACUGAAAUCAUGAACUCCAAGAGGAAUAAGUUCAUCCUUAUCACUAAUACUUAGCUUAAAUACUUUUCUAUUUUUUAAUAAUCCUAAUUAUUGCCUUUUCAAUGUACUCUACUGUAUUUAUUCAUAGGAGAUCAACAGGUACUUCUCAGACAUCUACUGUGUGCUCAGCACUACUUGGUACUGUGGGGGGGGAUAUAAAGUUGCAGUUUUGGUCUCUGCCCUUGAAGAUAUCUUCUCCAGGAAAUUAGCAGUAUUAUUUUCACUUCUAAGCAAACUUUAGCAAAAGAGGGUCCAUUCAUAAAAAACAUCAUAACUUUAUUAGUUUCAACCAAGAUAUGCCACUGUAGAAGUAAAAGUAAAACAAAGACCUGAGUUCUUUUUCAAAAUUUAAGAAACAUUUCAAAAGUUAGUAAUUUAAUGCAGUAUACAGGGGCAUGGUAUAGUAUGGAAAGAAGCAGAAGACCCGGGUUUUUGUCCGUGUUCUACCAUUUAGGUGUCAGCUACGUGACCUUGAAUAAGUCACUUAUUCUUUCUCUUAGUUUUCUCAUUUGUUAAGUUUAGAUUAUAAUGCUUAUUAUGAUAACCAGCUAAGAAAAACAUAUAGAAAAGCAUUCCUUAGUCUAUUAACAUAUCAUACUUAUAGCAAAUUUAUUAUUAUUUAAGUUGCAACUGAUAAUGAGUGCACCUUUAUAUCCAUUUUAAAAUGCAAACUGCUAUUAUUCAUCAAAUUUAUUUCAUAUCAAAUAUAUGCCCAGGGCCUGCUACUUUAAAAAUCUGAAGACUCUCUAACAAGGUGCUGAAUUAAAAUCAGAUUCCAUGGUGAAAGUGAAGGAAAAAGAAAUAAAUGGUUAAUGGAUAGGAAAGUGAGACUGUUUAUGCUCAAGUACAUUAAGGUGAUGUGAAGUAAUUGAAAGAUAACUUUAGGUUUCUCUCAAAGAGGAAUUAGAAAAUUCCUGAUUUCCUGAGUCUGACCCACCAAUUGAGCAUACUCUUCACUUACUAGAAAAAGGUGAAAUAAGUGUGGAAUGAAAAUGAUUUAGCAACUACCCAGUGAACUAGGGAAGACAGUAAGGUGGUUAGAAAGAUGGGAAUCCGCAAAGACAGCUGUUGGGAGAGUAAAGAGAGGAAGCACUGCAGUAGUGUAGGAAAGGAGACUCCACUGCACAUCUUCAACAGAAAAGAUUCUUUUAGCUAUUUUCAAAAGAUGCUUUCUGUAGUGAUAAGACUAGAGUUGAUUGGAAUAAUUGUAUGACCCAGUGUGCUACUGCUAGAAGUAACUAUCAGAAGUUCAUUUUUCUCCUUAAAUAUUAAACUAAUUGCUCACCAGUCCUUUCCUGAUGUCCCUAGACCUUCAUCUGAAGUAAUCUUGAGAAGGUUGAGCAUCAGAUCAUUAUCCUAGAAAAAGAGUAUCACUCAUAAAUAAAGGAGACAAAGGAAACCCAGAGAGGGCAGUGUUUGCCUGGGGACACACAAUCUGGGACCUCUGAUACCUUGCUUCCUAAAACAGCCCCUGUUCCAUGGUGCUGCGCAGCCUCUGCUUGUCCUCUGGUGGUUGAUGCUCACGUGCUUACUGGAAGCCAGGUGGAAAGAAAGGGGAAGAAUUGAUUUGCUCACUAUAUUGCUGUUGUAGUGUAGUCUUAAUACUGUAGCCUUACUAGACACUGUAGCCUUCCUUCCCUUGUUUUAAUUUUCCAGGGAACGUCAUGCCAUAGUCAGGUAUUUGACAUCCCCCACAUAAAUUUUUAAAAAUUAAAGUCAUUAGGAAGCAAACACCUGUUUCCAAAGCAAUUAGCUUAUUGUGACUGACUGUGAUUUUAUUGUUCCAUAGUAUUUUUUUCCUCUUUAUGGAAAGGAGAAAAUAAUACUCACUUGAAAUACCCUUCGAUUCUCCCUCUCACCCUUGGUGCCCUUUCUAGUGUCCUAAGGCUUUGUCUUAACAAGUACAACAUUACAAUUUUUUGUUAAAGCCUUUUUGAAACUAUUCAGUGAUUCUUCCGACAUGUUUAUCUGCUCUGCACUGUUUCACUGAUAAUAAACCCUGGCUACCGCGUAGCCCUAGACCUGCAAGUAGCUUACCUAUGCAAGACCUGUGACGUUCCGAAUUCACUUUUCUUUAUUUCAGAAAGCAGUCAUCAAUAGAACUUAAUUAUCAAGGUAAAACUUAUCUCCAAUCAGUUUUAUUUGGGCCAUUUUCUUUUUAAAAUGUCAGCUAUUUUUUCCCAAGAUUUUUCACCAAAACAAUGAUCUUAAAUGCUGGAAUACAUAAUAUUUUGCAGGAAUAAACCCAGACAUACUCUUAUGUUUCUUUGGUGGAUUUUGGCUGGUAAAAAUUACCAGCAUUAAAUGUAAUAUAUAGUAAGGAGUUGAUUCUUUGCCUAGAAUCAUUUCUUCCCUCCGAGAUUCAUAAGUAACCUUUUAUUUUUACAAAGCACGCAUACAAUUUCCACAUUAUAGUCAGGGACCUGAGGUGUAACUUGCUAAGUGAACCCCAAGGUUAUUUUAUCUUGCAAAAGAAACCUAAACCAAACUAAGGGCCUUACAGUUUAUGGUUAGACUGAAUCAAAAUCUAUAACCUCAAUUUUUCCAAAAACAGCUUCUGACUGCAAAAGCAAGUCAUGCAGUUGUUAGGUAUGAAAUAGCACUGAUCAGGAAAUGCGUGUGCAUCUCCGCAGACUGUAUUUCCUUCAGAAGAGACUUUUCUACUUUUAAUAUAAAUUAAGCCAUAACAGUUUCAUGCUGUGGAAAGAGGGUGAAAAGGUUCAUUUUAAGAGAUAAUAUAAUAUGAACUUUCACAUUUACUGUGAAAUGUCUAACUUUGCCAGUGCUUCAGCAAGUUGUUUUUUUGUUUUUCUUUUGUUUUGUUUUGUUUUGUUUUUUGGAGGGGGUUGUUAAUGGGGAGGAAUAGUAUUGGUUUUAGGGGUUUUAAAUCUGUGAAAUUUGAAAAGAGGACAGUUGUUGGCUAUGUAUUUACUAGUUUUGUAGUAAUGUUUUGCUAGCCUGACUGACUUUCCUUACUGAUUUUUAUGCCCACAGUCCAAGGUGACUGUUUCUCCGUCUUGUUUGGGGGUCUGCGGGGUGGUGUUGUCUGUUUGUAUUAGGCAGUCAGUGUGUGUGCACACGUGUGUUCUUUCAGCACAGAAGCCCACCGUGUGACAGUGGAGCGGGGUGUGGCUGGGAAGUGGGAUGCUGAAGCUUGAAGAGCAACUUUUUUCGAUUCAUAACAGUAUUUCCCAUCUUUUGCCUGCAGGCAGGGAAAGUGUACAGUAUUUAUUUUGUUUCUGUUUUAUUUUAAAUUUGUAAGUCUUUAAGUAGCUUACAUUGAUUAUUAUAGGGGAGGACAAGUGACUUGUUUAAAGUUGUAUUUGGUAUUCUUUCCAAUUUCUGUAUUUUAAAAUAAUGAAAUUAAAAAUGUAUUACUUCUGCUUUGAUUUUUUUGCACUCGGUGUAUUUUUUGCUCAUUUUGUUUGAAAGUAUAAAUGUUGGAAGUUGUAUAAAAUGUGUCUUUGAAAGAAAAAGAAUCUGAAAUCUAUAUCCAA